AUGUGUUUGUGGCGGCGUCGAAGGCGGAAGAUUGAUGUGCCAUACGUCUCGGAACCAAAGAUCCGGUUCGAGGAGGCUCAUCGGAUGUGUAUGGUCAGAAGGCAAGAUGAUGAUGGUGAGGACGGGGGGAUAGAAGUUGGAGCAGGAAGCGGAAUAUGCAAGCUAGGUGGGGGAGCGGGGAAUGGAUGGGAGAGUAUGCAGCCUUGUGUAACCUCUACACUACUUCUCUCGGAUCGAAGGGCGGGUUCAAGGCAGGCUCAUCUUCGACUUGAGGACCGAGCUCGCUUUCAUUCAGGCACACCUUCUCAUGCCCGUGCUUCAACGCAGCAAGCUGAACUACUCUGGGCUUAUUUCACUCUUCAUUGUCACUAUGUUGAGCAGCUAUUCACGAACACAAGAAGACUGUAG